AUGGGUGCGGACGACUUGGAUGCGGAGACGCUCAAGCGAUUAAAGCGUGAGGCUGCCAUCCGCUCCAAAGAGCAAGACUUCGAACGCAGAAAGAAGGCUGAAGAGCGGAAGAAGCGCGAACAACUCCAGGCUUUAAGGGAAGAGUAUGAAGCACAGCAGCAGAAGCGAGAGCAAGAGAGGCUCUCGCUUCUGAAGAAGCAAACCGAGCUCAGAGCCCGAAAGAAGGCCGAGAAUGAUCGGUUGAACGAGCUUCGAGAAAAGAACAUUAAGAAGCGACACAAGGCUUGGCGAGCCCGCGCAGAUGCUGAGAUCCAGCACAUCAAAGAGGACCAGGCUGCUGAAGAAGAACGUUUAGACGAGGCCAUCGCAGCGGCCCGGCAGCGAAAGGCAGAUCGUCAAGAAGCCAUUCGACAAGAGAAAAUGGACAAGCAGACCAAACAAGAGGAGCUGGACAUGUCUCGUGCCGAAGCGGAGAUCGAACGCAGCAAGAGACGGGAUCUCCGGGCCAUUAAUCGUGUUGACCAGCUCAAGAUGGAAGCGCGUGACGAAUUGGAGUCCUUCAUCCAGAAUCCAUACCCAGUGCCGUUGAAGCAGGUGUUGGCUGGCCGGCUGCGACCCGUGCCGACGGUCACCGAGCUUCUAGCGGCUUACAAGGACCAAAGAGAGGACCUGGAGCAGCUGGAGAAAGAAGACAUCCCCAUGAGGGCACAGCUUUGCAACCAGAGUAUCUUCCAAUACGUCCGCGACAUUCAGAUGAAGGCCGAGGCGGAAAGAAUGCGGCCGCCGGAGCCAGUGGCUGGCGAUCUCCUUCGCACCGUGGGAAAGAAGAAGCAGGCACCAACCUCUCCUGUACGCCGCAGCAAGAAGAACGUGAGAAACUGA